AUGUCAAUAUUGGCUGUGCCCGAAAACUCCAUAACUGAAAUCUUUAGAUUGUUGCCACUGAUACAUCAGGUUCAAUUAGCCCGCUCCUGCUGGCGCAUGGAGGGGAUAUUUGAAGGCGCCUCAUUGUUAAUGCACAGGACCUUGGAUUUCGCCGAAUUCGCCGGCAUGUCAACGGAAGACAUGAAGUUUUUCUUCCGAAUGUCAGGCAAGAAUGUCAAACAACUCAAGGGCGUUAUCCAGCCCAAUCAAUUGGAGUGUUUUUUGGACUUGGUCGGUAGUUGUUGUGAGAACGUUCGAUCAAUGCUUGUUGAUCUCAGCUUCUUGACUCCACGCCAGUGGUCAAAGGCAUUGCAGAACAAAAACCAACUAAUGGAAUUGAGAAUGCGUCAGUGCAAUGUUUCAAAUAUGUUGCCUCUCACACAACUCAGUGGCUUGAAGCACUUGGACUUGACCAACAACGAACAACUGGUCGACAUACACCAUCUUCGAAUGCCAGUAUCAAUCGAAACGAUCAACCUGACGGGCUGCAUUUCCCUCGAUGACUUUCACACAACAAAGUUCUGUAAGGCCUUGCCAAGCCUGAAGGUCCUGAACUUAACAAAUGUCUGGCUAUCGACACACGCCUGGCAGUUAAUGGUAGCCGACUGUCCAGCUCUGGAGGAGCUCACAUUUACUUACCACUCUGUUAACUAUGCAAGCAUUGCCAAGCUGCCGAGCCUCAAGAAGCUCACAAUUAACGUUCAUCGCUCGAUCUAUUGCUUGGGACACGAUUUCCUCACGGCACUCCUCAGACACAAAGGCAAUCAGCUGGAACACUUGGAGAUACAAGUACGACGCAACUGGAAACUAACAUGGAACAUUGAAGUCGCACACCUGAUUUCUCAACUGAGCGCAUUGUGCUCUCUGUCCAAUGGCCAUAACUACCACAUGCAUGUUUAUGGCUUUAAGAAAUUUGGCCAGCUCCAGCAACGCCUCAAUAUCUCCGACUGCCCCCAAAUCUCUGACCACACCAUUACAUUUUUAGUCAAUGCCUGUCCGCUGCUCCACGAGAUUGUUCUUGAGGGUUGCCUGAGUGUGACGCCAAACCUGUUGACUCUCAUCAGCGAUGAGAUAAACAUUGAGAAAAGGAAUGGGGAGAUUACGCGAAAGCUUCCAGUUAAGCUUUAUGCAUACUAUACGGCUAUUAAUGAGAAAUCUCUACAUAAUUUCAAAUAUCCAACCACAAGCAAUGUUAUUCGUGUUAUUCUAAAGAAAAAGACUGCCCAUUACCCAGCUUAA